AUGAAGCGGUUUCUGCUACAGGAUGCAUCUAACGCUGGUUGGGUUAAAGCUCAAGAAGCACGUACUCAGAUUAACACAGCCAGCGCCCAGAUCAGACUUCAAGCAUAUCCAGAGCUGUCAACAAAAUCUCGCUCAAAUAUCUCUCGCAUUCGGUCUAAAGCCCUUCACUAUAAUACACUGACCUGGAAAGAGCGAUCGGUAGUUAUCUUUUACUACCUUCACCCUCUGCUUGGGAACAAGGAUGCAGAGGUGAAGUGCAGGGUAUUUGGAGUUCGACAUGCAACCUUCACCAAUUGGGUAACGAAGCACUCAUAUUACCCAAAGUGGGUUCCAUUUGUUGAGUUUAUGACAGUGCGUACCGCUCUCAACUCAAUUCCAGUCGAAUUUCGAGCAAUUUUUGAUGAGUCACAGCUCGACGUGGAGUCAGGUGUCUCAAUACCAGUUCAAUUCAGGACACCAACAACUAAACGCUAUGUCACUGCAACCUCUCACCCUCAGCUGUCGCGUCAGAAAGUGGUGAAAAUUGCCAAAAAGAGCGAGGGAGUGAAGUAUUUAACAACUUCAGUCAGGACAGUAAUUAAGAAAGGUUGGGAAUCCGGUAAUCCAAUGUCUCGUAACGAGAUUUAUCUGCGACUCAUACAACAGUCUGGAAAUGAUGGCAUUUUGGGACCGCCUAGCGAGUUUUGCAGUGUGAUGAAGCUUAACGGCGGAGGAAUAUCGCCUGCGCUAGCGCAGUGGGUUCGUAGGCGCCUCGAAGGUGCCAACUGGAGCAUUCGCAAAGAGAGUGUAUACACAGAGUUUGUGAUACCUACUGGAACGAAACGAGUUGGAUCUAAUGUGGCUUCAGAUGCCAAAAAGGGAUGCACAGUGAUGGUUUCUGCAGAAAUGUCCUCCUCGAAGGUCCUUCCUCCCUUUUAUUGUGAUGACCGCGACUCACAAUGGCACCCUUUGCUAGACGUUUUUACUACGUGGCGUGAUGAAGGAGGUGAUGCAAGCGUUCAUAUUCAACCUUCACACUGGAUGGACACGCCAACCGCAAAAAAGUACGCGGACCUUUUUGCUCACAUUUGUCAGGAAAUGAUUGACUACUUGAACGAGAAAGGUAUCAUGUAUGAGUUUAUUCCCGCUGGAUUAACUUCUAUCAUGCAAAUCUGCGAUCUCUACGUCAACCGACCUUUGAAAGCUGCUAUUAAGAAAAACUUUAUGCGAUGGAAGGUGUCACAAACCAUCCCACCCGGUGGUAAGUACAAAGUUGAUCGAGUCCAAGUGAUUCAAUGGGUCGAAGAGGCCGUUUCAAUGGUAAAUGAAAAGCAGAACUCUGACAGGAAGAUUGAGUACAUGUUCAAGCGACUCGGCCAGGAUCCACGACAGCCCAGUAACCAGGCUUUUCAAGAACACAUAGGCCUUCUACAAGAAAACGAAGUCUACAACUCACUUCUGCUGAACCAGACAGCAGAAAACCUUGUGUAGUGGAGAGAUUGGGCGAGUCUUAAUAUUGAAAUUUCUAAGCUAAAUAUUAACACGAAGAUUGCAUAUUUGCUU